AUGGUCCUCGGAAGAAACGGGUACGCGUAUCCAUCGCUUGCCAGGAAUGUCGAAAUCGGAAGAUUCGAUGUGAUGAACAGCACCCCAGCUGCAGGCGAUGUGAGGAAGCAGGUGCAAGUUCUAAAUAUGACCAACCUCUCAUCGAUGGAGCGGCGUAAAGGUCGACUAGCUUCCACUUGUUGGCAAGAUUGGAAGCUCUGGAAAAAAAGAGUACAGUCCGCGCCACAGGCCGUCUACGUAGGCAGCCAGGCCUCCGCAGAGGACGCAAUAAGCGAGAGUGGUGUCAAUCUAGAAGACUAUGCUCAUCGCAACUCGAUUACACCGCAUUCGACCGGUAUACCGGAAGAACCGACGAUCGAGCCAGACAGUGUUGACGGGAUGGGAGCCAUUGCUCUGUCCGAUAGUGGAGAAUACUACACACAUUUCGGUCCUUCCUCCAAUCUCGCCUUGGCGUCCCAUCUUUAUGGAUAUUCAAGCUUUCACGAUGAGUCGCGCUCAAGACUCGCAUCAAGGGUCCAGUAUCUGCCCCCCGAACCAGAGGCAACCGCUCUGCUUCAACAGUAUUUCGGGACCGUGGGGCUGUUCUCUCCUUGCAUUCAAGAGGACACAAUUUUGGCGACAUACAAAGAAUUGAGAAGGAAUGAUCCCCAGUAUGUUCGCCGAUCAUGGCUCGCUUUGCUGUACAUGAUAUUCGCCGAUACUCAUGGGCUGAGAAGUUAUGCAUCACCUCCAGACGCAGCGAUGGAAGUGUCGCAAAAAUGCUUUCAGAAGGCUUUGAAGUUGGCAAUCCCUGAAACAAUCACUUAUUCGGACCUAGAAACUGUCCAAUUGCUUUGUCUUACAACCUGUCACCUACAAGGCUCAACGAGCUCGGCCCAGGCAUGGACCUUCCACGUACUUGCAGUCAAAGCAGCUAUGCAAAUCGGCCUCCAUCACACUGAUUCAUACAGCAAUCUGUCGCUCCUUCAGCGUGAAACACGCAAGAGGACAUGGUUUUGGUGUGUUGUGAAUGAUUGCUUACUCAGCGUCCACUUUGGUCGGCCCUCGAUCAUACAAAGUGCUCUCACCAAAAUGGAUCUUCCUGUAGAUAUCAGCAGCGUCUUUCCUGCAGGUGGCCAGAGCCCAUCGGUACUGAAGUCAAGCCUAAUAUACUACAACUCAAUUAUUCGGCUAUCUGUGCUCAUCUCUCCCAUACUGGCUCAAAUUUACGACGACAACGUGGGCUCGCACAAGAAUCGGACUGUCUUUGAGACGUACAUCUAG